AUGAAGAUGCAGUUUACAGAAAAGAACCACAACAGUUUUAUGGUACAGGCCCUUAACAAACAAAGAAAGAACAAGGAAUUUUGUGAUGUGGCUCUCAGUGUAGACCAGACUGUCUUCUAUGCCCACCUCAACGUCUUAGCAGCUAUGUCUUCCCAUAUAAGGAGUUUGAUAUCCAGCAAUGAUAUGAAAGCAGAUGACGAACUCUUUAUUAUCAUUGAUGCGAAAUUCAUGAGCUCAGCCUUAAUGGAGGAAUUGCUUGAUUAUUUCUAUACUGGGAAGAUUGUCAUUUCAGAGAAGAAUGUGGAGGAACUGCUGAAGGGAGCCAAGUACUUCAGUUCCCAAACUUUAAAAAGUCACUGCUCUGAUUUCCUCCUCCGAUCCCUCAAAAUGGAGAACUGCCUCCAAUACAUUCUGAUAGCCACUACAUAUGACCUGAAGGACAUAAGAAAUGCUGCCUAUGAUGGGAUACGAGACAACUUUCAUUAUUGGGUAGGGCCUCAGGGCAUAUCAGAAUUUAUGCAAUGCCCUUAUCAUGUCUUCAGCAGAUUGCUUAAAGAGGAGAAUCUUCACGUGCAAAACGAAGAUCAGAUCUUUCUCGCUCUCCUUCAGUGGAUAAAAUAUAAAAAGAACGAAAGGGAGAAGCAUUUUAAAAAGUGCUUUGGUUAUAUACGUUUAACAGCAGUUUCUACCAAGACACUACUCGCAGCCUGUCGGGAAGUGUUGCUCUUCGCAGACCACACUGGACCUCUGUCCCGGAUAGAGGCUGUGUUGAGUGAACGUAAACAAGGAAAUCUUCAAAGUUUGAUGCUUCAACAAAGGAAGGGGGCACUAGUGGACUCAGUGGUAAUCUUAGGGGGACAAAAAGAGCAGGGUAAAUUCAACAAUGAGGUGUUUGCAUAUGUAAUUGGAGAGAAUAUCUGGAUGAAACUCACAGAAAUGCCUUACAGAGCAGCCGCACUUAGUGCAGCCUCACUGGGGAAAUUCAUUUAUGUCUCUGGAGGAACUACUGAGCAGAUCUCUGGGCUGAAGACUGCCUGGAAGUAUGAUAUGGAUACCAACACAUGGCUCAAACUUCCAGAUCUGCCAGUUGGUCUUGUUUUCCAUACCAUGGUGACUUGUGGAGGCGCAGUGUACUCUAUAGGAGGUAGCACAGCCCCAAGAAGGUACAUUUCCAGUAUCUACAAGUACGAUGAAGGCAAAGAGAAAUGGACUCUUGCUGGGAAGAUGAGUAUACCUAUGGAUGCAACUGCACUAAUCACCAAGGGGGACAAGACUAUUUACAUUGUGACAGGGAGAUGUCUGGUAAAUGGGCGCUUCUCACGAGUAGGUGUGCUGGACUGCUUUGACACGGAGACCCGGAAUGUGGUCCAGUAUAUCACUUUUCCCAUUCAGUUCAACCAUAAGCCCUUGUUGUCUUUUCCACAUGAGAACAUUUUGAGUAUACAGAGCCACAAAGAGAGCAUGGAAAUAAAUCUGCAGAAGAUUAAAGUUAACAAAACCGCAAGCCUUGUGCCUCUGCUGCCACAUAACUAUAGUUUGGAUCUGUCACAUGCAGUGUGUUCUAUUGGGAAUAACAAAGUGUUUGUAUGUGGUGGACUUAUUUGUCCAGGUGACAAACGUCCAGAGGAGUAUUCUAUCAAUCGGCAAGCAUAUAUGUUAGACCAAAGCACUGGGGAAUGGAGGACUUUAGCUGAGCCUCCAGAAGCUCUUGAUUGUCCUGCUUGCUGCAUGGCUAAGUUGCCAUGCAAGGUCCUCCAAAAAACUGUAGUCAAUUAAUUUGUGAAACCAAAAUGAAACAACCUGUAGCAAUAAAGAAUGACUGAAAUGCAGUUUACAGAUACAUAGAUGGACACUUCCUUUUGUCCCUUUAUCAUGUACGUAAUUAGGAUGAGAUUAUAGGAGGGGGAUAUGGCAUUUAUCCAGGAUUAGAGGCACAAAAUAAUCUGCUAGAGAUAAUAUGCAAUACUAAUAUAGUAGUUAAUGUUUCAUUCUGUGAUUUUUAUGUUAAAUAUUUAAACAUAUUUUAAAACAGUGGAUAAAAACCUAGAUACCAGCUUGUUUAGACACAAGAGGCCAGGCUUCUCGCUUGACCUAUAACUGCAGCCUAGCAAGCAAAGCAUUGCAUAGUUCAUCUAAAACCCUGACUAUGUGAAAUUGCACAGCAGUAACCCAUGCACCUUUUUAUGCCCUAACCUUCGGGAAGAAUCCUAAGAUUUUGGACUUGUUGCAGUGGCAACUUCUAAAGUCCAGAAACAUUCUUCACUAUUUUGUUACAGGUUCAAAAAGCAAUAAUAGUUAACUUCUAAAGGUGUUGUCAUUUAGAUUUACAUAUUCUCAAGUGCUAAGACUCCUAUGUUCUGUGUGGAAAUAAAAAUGACCAUCGUCUCUUUUCCUAACAAGGAUUUAAAAGAAUGUAAUGUUAGGGGUUCUACCCAGUUAGCAGAGCUUUUCACAAAAAUAAUAAAAACCAACAGUGGGAAACAUUUAGCUAUCCAAUUUAGCUAUGCAGCUUCCAGUGU